AGCACUCCCUGAUCCUGGAUCAGUAACAGCAUCAGCGGGCGGGCAGUGUCCUAUAUUCACCCAGCUCUCAUGGAACAGCACAGGCCCGCCAUUUCACUCAAUGCUUUCGCUGCUUCCCAAUCCUGCGGGUUUACUGAAAUAACACAGACGGCGGUUAAACGGCAGGAUUAGUGUCGAGACAGGUAUGACAGAUGAGUCAGCCAACGAACCUUUAGAACGCGCGUUUAAAAAGUGUAACAAUGUAACGAUUCCGCGGGAGAUAUUCAGUCACAUCAUUUCUGGAUUCCUCAUCGUCUCGCGCAGUGGAUAAGUAUUCCAGAAGGCUUCCUCCCAUCUUUGUCUCGCCGUGUACUCGUAGCGUACGCUAGGAGGUCGACCUGGAACUGUGAACGAGGGUGGCAAUUGAAUAGCAUCACGAUUUUAAAUACACAUAUUUACUAUUCCUUACUUGAUCGCUGGAAAGCCUUGAAGAUGUCUGGGCAGAGCAUUACAGACAGGAUAACUGCUGCUCAGCACAGCGUUACUGGAUCAGCCGUGUCCAAAACAGUGUGCAAGGCAACAACGCACGAAAUUAUGGGCCCUAAAAAGAAACAUUUGGAUUAUCUAAUACACUGUACCAAUGAGAUGAAUGUGAACAUUCCUCAGCUGGCAGACUCUUUGUUUGAGAGGACCACCAACACCAGUUGGGUCGUCGUGUUUAAGUCCCUAAUCACAACACACCACCUCAUGGUAUAUGGGAAUGAGCGCUUUAUUCAGUACUUGGCCUCUAGAAACACAUUAUUCAACCUCAGUAAUUUCCUGGACAAAAGUGGUCUACAAGGUUAUGAUAUGUCAACAUUCAUUCGGAGGUAUAGUCGAUAUCUGAAUGAAAAAGCGGUUUCAUAUCGACAGGUGGCAUUUGACUUUACAAAAGUAAAGCGUGGGGUGGAUGGAGUGAUGAGAACCAUGAACACAGAGAAGCUUCUUAAAACCAUUCCCAUUAUACAGAACCAGAUGGAUGCACUUCUUGACUUUAAUGUCAAUGCCAAUGAGCUCACCAAUGGGGUUAUCAAUGCAGCCUUCAUGCUUCUCUUCAAAGACUCAAUCCGACUUUUUGCAGCUUACAAUGAGGGGAUAAUUAAUUUACUGGAAAAGUAUUUUGACAUGAAAAAAGUUCAGUGUAAAGAGAGCCUGGAUAUCUACAAGAAAUUUCUUACCCGAAUGACCCGGAUUUCAGAGUUUCUUAAAGUGGCGGAGCAAGUGGGAAUAGACCGUGGGGACAUACCUGACCUGUCCCAGGCCCCCAGCAGUCUUUUGGAUGCUCUGGAGCAACACUUGGCUUCAUUAGAAGGAAAGAAGGUUAAAGACUCCACUGCCGCCAGCAGGGCAAGCACACUCUCCAAUGCGGUGUCAUCUCUGGCCAACACUGGCAUGUCUUUCACCAAAGUGGAUGAAAGAGAAAAGCAGGCAGCUCUGGAAGAGGAGCAGGCACGAUUGAAAGCUCUAAAGGAACUAAGGCUGAAAGAGCUCUCCAAGAGGCCUUCAUUUGCUACGACUGACACCUCUCCAGUCUCCACCACAGCAGCAUGCAUCAGCACAGCUCCUGCCAUGGACCUGUUCUGCACUCCCAGCUGCUCCAAUGGUGCCCUGAAGAUGGAGAGUGACCUCUUUGACCUGCAGACUAACUUUCAGCCAAGCAUGCAGCCGGGACCCUCGGUGGCCACGGCAUGGCGAGAUCCUUUCUCUUCUGAAGCUGUCGAUGACUCCAUUCCAAACCUAAACCCUUUCCUAACCAAACUUGUUGUUGAUGGUGCACAUCUACCCGUUAUGUCGUCCGAUGGUGUUAGUUUCUCCUCUAGGACGUCAGGUCAUGAGAUUUUUGGUGAUCAGUACAAUCCCUUUAUUGAUUCAAGUUCAGCUGUAUCAACCGAUUACAAACGCACUGUGCGGAUAGAACACUUAAUCUCAGAAUCGUUUGGUCAAGCGUCUAUGGUCCAGCAUCUCCCAAACCCCUCUCCCUUCCAGUCUGAUCCCUCCACUGUUGUAGGCCUAUUCAGAGGGUAUGGAGCUUCACAGAUGCCUCCUCCUCAGAGCUCAGGGGAGCUGCACGUUGACUUUGAGUCUGUAUUUGGUACUAAAGCUGCCUCCUCUAAUAGCCUGGAUACAGAUGCAGGGAUUUUGAAACCCACUGUGGCUGGAGCAAAUCAGUCCUCCAAUCAAAACCCAGAGAAGCUGGUAUCAGACGACCUGGAUUCUUCAUUGGCCAACCUUGUAGGAAGUAAAUGUCAAUUAUUCAGAGAUCUGGGUAUUAGAAAUGGUACCACUAAAAAUGAUAUCCAUUGGAACCAACCAGGAGAGAAAAAAAUGACUGGUGGAAUGAACUGGCAACCCAAGACUGCUCCAUCUACUACAUGGAACCCUGUCUCCAUGCAACCAUCUAUCAUGGCUUUCCCUGCUACAACACCUACAGGAAUGAUGGGCUAUGGCAUGCCUCCACAGUUGCCUUCCAUGACCAUGACGACCCAGCCCACAAUGAUGUACACACAGCCAGUUAUGAGGCCAUCCAACCCUUUCGGAUCAGUGUCCAGUGCACAGCCCUCCGCUGCCUCUAGCCCCUCCAGUCAGAGUCCUCUAAGAGCCCCAGGACAAGACCCCUUUGCACAGCUCUCUCUCAAGGAUUUCUUGUAGAGCUUCGUCUUUUGUCUAGAUGCAGUUUAUGUAACAUGAAGUUGCUCCCUGAUGUCAAACCAUUAAGCUCUGUCCUCUAUGCUGGGAUGCGAUCCAGAGGACCAAUCCCACAACAUACUUGGCGUCAAAGAUGUAAACCAGUGUGUUGAAAGACUGGGAGCCUACUGCAAUCAUUUCGUAAUUUGUUUAAGAUGUCAAGUGAUGCUGCUGUUCAACCCACAAAGGGAUUCCUCAUACAUUUAUAAUAUGUUAAGAUAGGUAAGGGCAUCGAGAGACUUGGAUAUUUUGUGUUUUUAAGAAGCUCUAGUUUGAUUUUCCUACUGGAAUGUUUUUUCUUCAACGGGGAGCAUUUAAUGAGAGGUAAUGUGGUAAAAGUUUACCUAAAUCAGACUGUAACUCAGCAUCUGAUAUAGUAUGUGUUAUAAAACAGUAUCAGUAACUUUAUUUUACAUUUGACCUUUUAGUUAUGUAAUUGUAUUCAGCGGUAGACACUUCUUGCGUGUUGUUUGUAUUUAUUUAUGAUUAAUGCCUAAACAAUAAAACAGGAGUGUAUGAAGUACAUUGGGAAGGGGAAACUAUAAACAAUUCAACAUUAUUCAUGGGUGUUGGAUUAUUUAAUGAAGGUUAGAUUUUUAAAGUAGAUUUUAUGUAAAAAUAAAACAUAAAAAAGGGGGGGGGGCGUGGGGGGGGUCCUUUAAGGUAAAUGAUAGAGCACUAACUAUUCUCUAAGUCUAGAACAACUUCCCGUAGAUUAAAUGUUUGCAGCUCAAGGCUAUUGGGAGGAUGAUAAAUAGUGAAUGGUUGGUUAUUCUAUCUAGUCCAUACUGUGCUUAAGGGUUUUGCAAUGGAGUAGAAAAGCACUUCUUCUGUGACUGUGAAGCGUUACACUUGGGAAGGGAUGUGCUCUGCAUUGUGCAUGUCAUGCCAUACAUUUCACACGGACGGUUGGAUAUGGCUGCCACUGAUUUGAACAUUAAGAGUUUCCCUCAUUUCAGACUUCUUGUCAAAUAAACGCCCUGCUCUCUAAAGCCCAGGGAUUCUGGCUGGGAACUGGCUGCUCCUCUAGAUAUUGGUCGUGGACAGGGUUAUUGAUAUCACUGUAAAUUUGUAGUGUAAAAUAUAAGACGCGUUGACUGGGAGAAAGUUUGAGCACUGUUGAUCGGUGCUUUUAUGUAUAUAUAUACACAUAUAUCAUGUUGGCAGUUUGUCCUAGGGUUGGCUAAGAAGGGUUUGAAAUAUGAAAGCAAUUCAAUCACAUUUGAAUUUACUCAAAGUUUUGCUGAAUAAGUUCUGUGUUGUCCUCACGGAUCAUUUUAUGUAUUUAAAAGAUGUACGAAGAAGUUAGUGAACUUUCUUUUUCAAAUAAAGUGCAGCUU